GUUUGACGUCAUCGCCCCGCGACGUUUCUAUCUCUCAGGUCAUAAGCGAGUAACUUGCUCAAAACACUCCCUUCAUUAAUCAUGUUUGCCUGUAAAACUUCCAUUGCUAUGUCUGCGCUUAGGGUGGUUCGACAAAGUCAAAGUCACCUCGGCCGGUGUAUGUCAACACAAACAGAAGGAGAGGUGCGCAUCGCCAGCAUCCUAAAGGAGAAAUUUCCUCAAGCGUCGUCUCUCAAAGUUGUGGAUAUCUCCGGUGGAUGUGGGGCCAUGUAUGAGAUUCACAUCGAAUCCAAUGAGUUUAGAGGGAAAAGAACCAUCCAGCAGCAUCAGUUAGUCAACCAGGCGCUGAAAGAAGAGAUUCAAGGAAUGCACGGACUGAGAAUAUUCACAGAAAUUCCAAACCAAUAGUGUGUUUCACACGGGCUGUGCCCUCAUUUGGCCUGACUACUCUGAAUGUGAUGCUCCAAAGAUGAUUCUGUUUAUCUUGUAUAAAUGUGUGUCUAUGGCAGACAGACAACGGGAAGUGACUGAUCAAAUGUUAACACUUUCUGCUGUUUGCAGUGUCUUUAUUUUGAAUAAGCUGUGAUGUACACAAAAAGAGCCAAUAAAAAAGUAGA